AUGUCAUUACAAGAAUACUUUUCCGAGAUGGAACAAUUAAGAGACACGUAUUUUUCAGAUCCGAGCGGCGUCAUUCAUUUGGAUCAUGCAGCAAGUACAAUGUACAGCACAAAAUGUUUAAAGAAUGUUUUUGAAAAAUUAUUUCAUCAUACCAAUCUUCUUUCAAAUCCUCACAGCGAUGGAUCUUUUUCUGCGAAUGUGACCAAUCAAUUUAUUGCAGAGAGUCGUCAAUUUGUACUCAAGGAAAUAUUUAACACCUCACUCAAAGAAUAUGAUCUAGUGUUUACAUUGAAUGCAUCACAUUCUUUGAAAAUUAUUUCGGAAUGUUUUCCAAUGGGAGUCAAUUCAUGUGUGUCCUAUCUCAAAUUUUCUCACAAUUCUUUAAUUGGAGCACUUCGAUCUUGUGUAUCAAAUAAUGAAGAGUUUCAAAACGAAAAUGAAUCCAUUCAUUCCGAUCGAGUCGUUGUAGGAAACAACUUGGAAGAGAUUCGAAAACGAGCGAAAGCAUGGAGUGAAAGUGAUCAUCAUCUGGUUGGAUUUGCCGCAGAAUGCAAUAGCACAGGAACGAAAUUUGAUGAUUUUGACAUUUUUCCUUACCUUAACAAACAUCAUCCAAAUAUUUACACAAUUUUAGAUGUGUCAAAACACUCAAGCACCAACGUGUCCAUUGAUUUAUCCAAGUACAAACCAGAUUUUGUGGCGUUCAGUUUUUACAAAUGGUUUGGAUAUCCCACUGGUCUAGGCGCUUUACUAAUUCGCAAAAUGAGAGUUUCCAAUAUUGAUUUCAGACCAAGAAAUGGAUACUUUUCUGGAGGUGUAGUUCAAGUGAAUACUGCCACGGCUCCGUUUUUCACCAAGUAUAGAACUGAUUCGUUUCAUUCCAUGCUUGAAAACGGUACAUUACCUUUUCUGACCAUUUGUGAAAUGCUUUUCUAUUUGAAAGAAAUUCAACAAAUGUACUCGCAAUGUUGCAACAAGAAUUCCAAUUCAGAACAAAAUGAUACAAAUUCACACUCUGAAAAAUUAUUUGUUCCGAUACCAUUUCGUGAAAUUUUUCAAAUCAUUGAAAAGCAUUGUAACCACGUUCAAGAGUAUUGUGCGAACCAAUUGAAAAAUCUUUGUCACUAUAAUGGCAAAAUAGUUGUUCACAUUUACAAUGAAAAUAACAUUGGAAAGACAAGCAUCAUUAAUAUGAACGUGUUUAACAGUCGAGGACAAAUGGUUGGAUACUCUCAAGUUCAAGAAAUAUGUUCUCUCAAUUUAUUCAACAUCAGAACUGGAUGCUUUUGUGUUCCAGGAGCGUGUCAACAACUGUUUGACAUUUCAAGUGAAGAAAUGAUUGACAACUUUAAGAGAGGUGGUAAGAUCUGCUGGGACAGCUCUAUGGACGUUAUUCCAGGAAGUAACAAACCAACUGGAAGUGUGAGACUCUCAUUUGGUUAUUGUUCUAUACGAUCCGAUGUAGACAAAUUCAUUUCCUUGUUGAGGACACAUUUCGUUGAGACGGCACAAAACUCGACAAGCAUUGUUAAACCCAAGUACAAUGUCAUGGAUGACAGAAUCAAGGUGACUCAUUUCUAUAUUUAUCCUAUUAAGGGAUGUGGUGCCAUGAAACUAUUUCAAGAACAUAGAAGCGACCAUCAUAAUAAUGUGUCAUCGUGGAAUUUACAUAACGAUACUGGAGCUUACUUGGAUAGAGAAUGGGCAAUUCUUGAUGAAAAGAAUGGAGUACUAGGCUUGAAAAAGUGUCCUCGACUUGCGUUAAUCGAACCAUUCGUUGAUUUGGAGAAGAGACUUCUCACGAUCUCUCUGGUGCCUAGAGACAUAGACGUGCAACAAGAUCACACUAGUAUUUCAUUAUCAUUGGAUGAGUUUCCUUCCACAACCUUAAAUGAUGCAACUAUUUGUGGUCGUCACUAUGAAACUUGUGUUUACUCUGACGAUGUGAAUGAAAAAUUGUCGCGCUUCCUUGGUCAAUCGGUUCGUCUCAUCCGAAGAAAGAAGCAUGAUAUUUUAGAAAGCAACAACUCCAAUGACAAAUGCCAAUCUUCAUUUUCCAAUGAAGGAAAUAAGGGAUUGUUUUUGAUUUUAAACGAAGCUUCCUUAAUGGAUUUAAAUAACCGAUUGAAAAAUUCUCAGAACACGGUCAACCAUGUAAAUGACGAGACUUCCAAUGACGGUAUUGAAUGGUUAAUUGAAAGAAUGAGACCAAAUAUUGUCAUUCGAGGACUGGAAGCCUAUGAAGAAGAUCACAUCAAGUCUCUAUACAUUCAUGACAUUCCAUUUCAAAUUAAUUUUCCAUGUCCCAGAUGUACUACCAUUUGUAUGAAUCCUAAAACACUCAAGCAAGAGCAAGAGCCUUUAAAAACUCUCUAUACCUACCGAAAGCAAGAACAUAGUGCCAUGUUUGGUGUGUUAGCAAAUCAUUAUAUCGUUCAAGGAAAUGAUGAGAAACCAGUCGAAAUGAAAUUUCAAUGA